ACAUGGUAGAUGAAUAUUAGGUCUAUAAAUAUUGUUCUGAGUGAAAAAACGAGAAAUUUGAAAUAUGAUUCAGUUGUCGAUAUUCUUCGUUAUACUAAUGCUAACAAGAGCUCAGGUACCCAGUCUUGGAUCUUGUCCUGAUUAUAUACCUAUGGCAGAUUUCGAUAUUGAUAGUUUUUUGGGAAAAUGGUACGAAGCUGAACGAUAUUUUCAAUUUAUGGAAGUUGGAUCGAGAUGUGUUAUUACAGACUAUGCUAGAGGCCCUAGUGGUAAAAUAUAUGUAUCUAACGAGGUUACGAAUCGAUUAACUGGCGUCAAAAGAAUUAUCGAAGGUCAUUUAGAACUUUCUGCUCGAGCUGGUGAAGGAAAAUUCACCGUGAAGUAUAAUACUUCUCCAUUAAAUACCCAAGCACAUCUUAUUGUACUUGGUACUGAUUAUGACAAUUAUGCUGUUUUAUGGAGUUGUAGUGGAUUUGGACCUAUACACACACAAAGCGUUUGGGCUAUGACAAGGGAACGUUUGCCAGCUAAUCCAGUCCUUCAGAUGAUUUACGGUAUUUUAGAUGAAUAUAAAAUAAGCAGAAACUUUUUCAUUAAGACGGAUCAAGAAGGUUGCGCUAUAGCAGCAUCGGACAUCAAUGCAGCUAAUGGAAUUACAAGUAUAUCCACAAUAGUGGAGUCAACAGGAUUACCUCAACGAAAUACACAAACUUCAAGUAGAGAAAUUGAAGAGGAACAAAUUAGGCUUGCAGAUAAAGGCAACUCUACUGAUAAUGAUUCAAAUAGUAAUAGCCACAAAACCAAUAUUAAACAAGAACGUCACUCUGUCGAUAUAAACGUGGAAACAAAUAAAUAUGCUACCAAUUUAGAAAUGCAGCGAGAAAAUGUUCAGCCAAAAAGUCUUGUACAAGAUAAACUCAUAAAUCAAGUAAAGACUAUUCCUUUUGUCUCCGAGCCUGUGAAAAUUGAGCUAGUUAAAAACCCAGUUAUAAGUGAAUCAGGCAAUAUACAAAAUGCUUGGAAAACUGUAUUAACUGUUACUGAAGCUGAUAUUGAGUCAAAAACCGUCUCAGAAAACAAAGAAAAGACCAUAGAAGUAGGCGAAACAUUAAAAAACAAUAGAAAUUAA